GGCCAAUUAAAGGUGGGUGGGGGGGGUGAGCAAAGGAAAAACAUUUUUCCCUCCCUCCAACAAAAAAGCUUCGACCCCACAGACCUACUAUACUACUAAUACUACUGCUUUGAACUCUGUGUGUGUGUGUAUGUGUUUGAAUGACGGUAGAAAAUUCAGCCAAUGUUGCCUGAUUUGCUACUGGCUAUGAGUCUCCUUGUAAAAUAGUGAAUAAGAUCAAACCUCAACCAAUAAGAUUCGAAAACUCAGUUUGAGUCACGGCAUACAACUUCAUUCGUUCAAGCCAGCUUUAACCGAUCCGACAACCUGCCCCCUUUUCCCUUUUCCUUCUUUCUUCCUUUGUUUGAAAGAAAAAACACUACUACUACCCACCCCCCCCACUCUUCUCUAUCAUCAAAUACAAUAUGGGCCGCACACUCUAUGACAAAGUAUGGGACGACCACGUCGUUGACAAGCAAGAAGACGGCACCUGUCUGAUUUAUAUUGAUCGCCACCUGGUCCACGAAGUCACCAGUCCUCAGGCAUUUGAAGGUCUGCGUAACGCAGGCCGUAAGGUGCGCCGUCCUGACUGCACCUUGGUCACGGUCGACCACAACAUUCCCACGACCUCGCGUAAAACGUUCAAGAACGUUUCUUCCUUCAUCGACGAAGCCGAUUCGCGUACACAGUGUGAGACGCUCGAACAAAAUGUUAAAGAGUUUGACCUGACCUAUUUCGGCAUGGAAGACGACCGUCAAGGUAUUGUGCAUGUCAUUGGCCCCGAGCAAGGCUUCACUCUGCCCGGCUGCACUGUCAACUGCGGUGAUUCCCACACUUCCACACAUGGUGCCUUUGGUGCCUUGGCCUUUGGUAUCGGUACCUCCGAAGUCGAGCACGUCUUGGCUACCCAGACCCUGCUGCAAAAGAAGAGCAAGAACAUGCGUGUCAAGGUCGACGGUAAGGUCGCGCCCGGUGUGACCAGCAAGGAUAUUGUGUUGCAUAUCAUUGGCGUUAUUGGCACCGCUGGAGGUACAGGAUGUGUUAUUGAAUUCGCUGGAUCGGCUUUUGAGGAAAUGUCCAUGGAGGCUCGCAUGUCCGUCUGCAACAUGUCCAUUGAGGCCGGUGCACGUUCCGGUAUGAUUGCGCCCGACGAGACCACUUUUGAAUACAUUCGCAACCGUCCCUUGGCUCCCAGCGAAGCCGAGUGGGACCGUGCGGUCAAGUACUGGAAGUCGCUUUGCCCCGAUCCCGACGCCAAAUACGACGUUGACGUAUUCAUUGAUGCCGCCGAUAUUGCGCCUACGCUGACGUGGGGCACCAGUCCUCAAGACGUCGUUGCCAUCACCGGCGCCACGCCUGAUCCCGCCAAAAUCGAGGACCCAGCACGCCGUCUUGCCACUGAACGUGCUUUGGAAUACAUUGGCCUCAAGCCCAACACGCCAAUGGAGGAGGUCAAGAUCGACAAGGUGUUUAUCGGCAGCUGCACCAACUCGCGUAUCGAGGAUCUCCGCAAUGCAGCAAAGAUCGCAAAGGGCCGUCACGUUGCCGAAUGGGUCUAUGCCAUGGUCGUGCCUGGAUCGGGAUUGGUCAAGAAGCAGGCUGAGCGGGAAGGAUUGGACAAGAUUCUCAAGGAAGCUGGAUUCGACUGGCGUGAGGCUGGCUGUUCCAUGUGUCUGGGCAUGAACCCUGAUCAGUUGAGCCCUGGUGAGCGAUGUGCAAGUACUUCGAACCGUAACUUUGAAGGCCGUCAAGGCGCAGGCGGUCGUACUCAUUUGGUCAGCCCUGCCAUGGCUGCUGCCGCUGCCGUCAAUGGUUAUUUCACCGAUGUCCGCAAGCUCUUGCCCGCCGAGGAAAAAACCAAGGAUGCUCCUACGCUUGAGCAACAACAACAACACACUGUGGAAUUGGAACCUCCGGUCGAAGACCAUGCCAAGGCUGCCGACCAGGCUGACAUUGUGACCGAUGCACCUCCGCAGCCACCCAGCCCUGCUCCCUCUGAAGCCUCGGGCAUGCCCAAGUUCACGACAUUGGAAGGCUAUGCUGCACCGAUGGACAUUGCCAAUGUCGACACGGACAUGAUUAUUCCCAAGCAAUUCCUAAAGACCAUCAAGCGUACCGGACUGGGCGUUGCGCUGUUCUACAACUUGCGUUACGACUCCGCGACCGACAAGGAAAGGCCCGAAUUCGUGCUGAAUCAAGCACCUUACCGCGACGCCAAGAUCUUGGUGUGCACUGGCCCUAACUUUGGCUGUGGCAGUUCGCGUGAACACGCUCCCUGGGCUUUCAAUGACUUUGGCAUCCGCUCCAUCAUUGCUACCAGUUUUGCCGAUAUCUUUUACAACAACUGUUUCAAGAACGGCAUGUUGCCGAUCGCUCUGCCCCAGGAACAAGUCGACCUGCUGGCCGGACAUGCAAAGAAGAGUGAAAAGUUGGAGGUGGAUUUGGUCAACCAGGUCAUUCGUUACCCUGGUGGUGAGGUGCCGUUUGAAGUGGAAGAGUUCCGCAAGCACUGCUUGGUCAAUGGUUUGGAUGACAUUGGUCUGACCAUGCAAAAGGAUCAGCUCAUCGAAACGUUCGAGGCUAAGCGAACGAGCAGCUGGCCUUGGUUGGAUGGCAAGGAGUAUUCUGGCAAGGCUACAAAGAUUACGGCUGUACCAGUAGGAAACAAGAAGCAAAAGCUGGAUUGGUAGAUUUGUUGGAGGGUUAUUGUUUUCUUAUUUUUUUGUAUAUUUUUUUAUUCGUUCUAAGCGCAAAAUGUUUCUUUGUUCACACUAUUCACUAAAGAAGAAUGAUUCCAUAUUCCAUUGAUUCCACUAUCAUUGCCAUUGACUUAUUAAACUGAUGAUUGGUGAGGAGGUAUUUUUGAUGGUUUGACG